UGCGUAUGUAAUUGUAACAGGAGAAAACUUUAUGAAAUCAUUUUCUCAUCAUUCUAUAAUUUGAUAUAAAAAAAAGAAGAAAAAACAGUGUAUAUAAAUCAGUAAUCUAUGUUUAUGUUUAUGUUUAUAAUAACCUAAAAAAGUAAUUCAAAGAUCGUAAUUGAAGGAUCAAAACAAAUCCACAUAAAUCAUUUCAAUUUGAUUGAUUCGCUACAAUAUAUCAUAAGAUUAACCCAAAAUGAGCCGAAGAAAGAAACAAAAGAUUGACUUGAAGGAAAGCGAUGAUAAAUCUGCAAUAUCUGAGGAAAACAUUAUUGGCGAUGCUAAUGCAGCCGAUAAGAAAAAUAUAACACCUGACAAAAAAAUAUCAACCAGUGCAAACAGCUCAAAAGUAUCUAAAAAAGAGUGGAAGAAAGAAGAUAAAAAAGAAGAUGAAAAGAAAAAGGAUCCAGAUCUAGAGUCUGAACCAGAUGACCCUGUAAUCAAGGAUUUAUUUUCAGGUCUUGAAGGAGCGGCAUUUCAGAGUCGAAUGCCUUUUGACAAGCUGACAUCUACAGAAGCAGCAUGUUUUCCCGAUGUAGCACAAGCAGCUUUGCAAACAGUGAAAGUCUAUCUUAAUAUCCGAAAUAGAAUUUUACAAAUGUGGUUAGAAAAUCCCAAGCAACAACUAAUAUUAGAAACUGCUAUAGAAAAACUGGAACCUCCUUAUAAUAGUGACUUGGUUCUGGUCAAGAGAAUCCAUGCUUUUUUGGAAAGAAAUGGUUUCAUUAACUUUGGUAUAUUUAAACGCAUAAAACCAAUUGAGCAAAAGAAAUAUGGAAAGGUUAUUGUUAUUGGAGCUGGUAUAGCUGGCUUGGCUGCUGCUCAGCAAAUGCAACAAUUUGGCUUAGAAGUAAUUGUUUUGGAGGCAAGAGAUAGAGUAGGUGGAAGGAUCGCAACAUUCAGAAAAGGAAACUAUAUAGCUGAUCUUGGGGCAAUGGUAGUAACAGGUCUUGGGGGAAACCCAGUUACCACAUUGAGCAAGCAAAUUGAUAUGGAGCUGCAUCGUAUUAGACAAAAAUGUCCUUUAUAUCAAUCUACUGGUGUAACAGUAGACAAGGACAAGGAUGAAAUGGUGGAGAGAGAAUUUAAUCGUCUCUUGGAGGCUACAUCAUACUUGUCUCAUCAAUUAGAUUUCAAUUAUGCAGGCAAUAAACCUGUCAGUCUCGGACAAGCUCUGGAAUGGGUUAUUAAACUCCAAGAGAAACAUGUCAAAGAAAAGCAGAUUCAGCACUUAAAAACAAUGAUAGCACUUCAGGAAAAACUGACUAUAAAUCAAAAGUCUUUGGUAGAUAUUAAAAGUCAAAUAAAAGAAUCGAAUGCUAAAGUUAAAGAAUAUGCUGCAAUGGAUAGAAAAAAUAUAGAAUUGGAAUUUGCUUAUCGCAGUGCAAUGAAAGACCUGAAUGAUUAUAUAAAACAAUGGGACCAACUUCAAGAACAAGCCAAGGAAAUAGAACAGAAGUUGAAGGAGUUGGAAGCUUCUCCACCAAGUGAUGUAUAUCUUUCAUCAAAGGAUCGGCAAAUUUUGGAUUGGCAUUUUGCAAAUUUAGAAUUUGCAAAUGCAACUCCUCUCUCAAACUUAUCAUUGAAGCACUGGGAUCAAGAUGACGACUUUGAAUUCACCGGAAAUCAUUUAACAGUUCGUAAUGGAUAUUCAUGUGUACCAGUGGCACUGGCGGAAGGCCUGGAUAUAAAGCUCAAUGCUGCUGUGAGAAAAGUUGAGUACAACAAUAACGGAGUGGAAGUCACUGUAUACAAUCCUGGUAAUCCAUCUAUAACAAAUACAUACCAUGCUGAUGUUGUCCUGUGCACCUUACCUCUUGGGGUACUAAAACUAAGCGCAACGCCCUCUAGCGGCCAGUUGAACUCCGUUCAGUUCAGUCCCCCACUGCCCGAUUGGAAAACUUCAGCCAUCCAACGCCUAGGUUUUGGCAACCUGAACAAAGUUGUUUUAUGCUUCGAAAGGAUCUUCUGGAAUCCUCAAGCCAAUCUCUUCGGUCAUGUUGGAAGCACAACUGCUAGUCGCGGCGAACUAUUCCUGUUCUGGAACCUCUACAAAGCUCCUGUUCUUCUUGCUUUGGUUGCCGGUGAAGCAGCCGCCAUAAUGGAAAAUGUUACCGAUGAUGUUAUUGUUGGAAGAUGUAUUGCCGUUUUGAGAGGCAUUUUUGGCCAGUCUGGGGUUCCGCAACCGAAAGAAACCAUUGUGACUAGAUGGCGGGCUGAUCCUUGGUCGAGAGGCUCCUAUAGCUUCGUUGCUGUUGGUAGUUCUGGCAGUGACUAUGACCUACUAGCUUCCCCUGUUAUUCCACCGAACGCCCAAGGUGUUUCAGUCACUUCAGGACCAGCAAGGGUCUUUUUUGCAGGAGAACACACCAUAAGAAAUUACCCAGCUACCGUUCAUGGUGCUUUCUUGAGUGGUCUCAGGGAAGCAAGCAGGAUUGCAGACCAGAUUAUUGGUAAUCCUUGUCACCCACAACCAGCUGAAUAAGAUGUCAAUUUUAAUCGCAUUGACUCAAACGUUUCACUUUAGUAUUAGAUUCUUUUCUUUUUCAAAUACUUUGUAGCUAUUUUCAUUUUGAGUAUUUCUUUGUAUUGUAUUCCAUGGGAUUAUUGUAGUUUUUAAUCAUUUUGAUUGUCCACUUUUGUAACGUUUCUUGGAAUCAUAUAAAAAUGUUGUUUCAUGCUUUUUCACACUUUCCAAUAAAAUAUUUGACCUUAGUUUAGUUUUAGAUUCUUUUUUUUUACAUACUCAGUAGAUUUUUUCUCUCUAAGUAUUUGUUUGAUUUGUAUUCCUUAGGAUUAUUGUAGUUUUUAAUCAUUUUGAUUGUCCAGUUUUGUAACGUUUCUUAGAAUCAAAUAAAAUAUGUUGUUUCAUGCUUUUCGCACUUUCUAAUAAAAUAUUCGACCUGA